AUGGAUCCUGGGUUGUUCCUGAAUCAGCCUGACAGUCCACGUGCCGUGGUCUCUCUAAUAGGGAUGUCGACUCAAGGCUGCUCUGAGAACAACUUGAAGUUUAUCUGUGAGUUUAAGCCUGAGCCUGGUCCACCACCAGGUUGUGAUGAGGAUUGCAGUGCCACUGUAGAUUGCAAAUCAGUGUCAGUCGUCCUCCCUGCACAGUGUAUCAUCUACCAGCUGCGGCUACGCAUCUGUAUGCAGGCCCAGGAAAAAAACUGCCAUCCCGAUCCACUUGCAAUACUUGACCCAGAGAAAUACACUCUGCUUUAUACCAGGGGGGAUGACUGGUAUGAGGCCUACGAUGACUGUCAGGUUGUCAGAACGUUAGACAUUCCAUGGUCAUGUGAUGACACUGGGCGUCUAUUGGCACACAUAGUGGUGAAACCUCUGGUGGCAGUUGAUUCAGAGGAGAAGAAGAAACAGCAGCAGUGUCUGUCUUACCUGAUUGGGCAUAACCUGGAGAAAGAAGCAUCCAACAGACUUGAUGAGCUCACAUUCACCCGCAGGAAACUGGCAUCUCCUAGAAGACAAGAGCUAAAAAAUCGGGAUGACAAGUUGUAUGCCACAGAGCCUUGGAUAACAUGUGCCCCCGUUCCAGCUGACCUACAGGACUGGCUAAACAAAAAACUUCCUGUCACCAUCCAUUACAUGAACAAGAUCAGCUUCAGCAUAGAGGUUGAUCUUAAUGCAACGCCAAACGUUCUUCUUAAAGUUUUUAGAAGGGUGAUGGAAGACCAGGGGCUUGAUUAUGACACUUGUGACGGUUUGGUGUUAAAAGUCUCAGGGAGGGAGGAGUUUCUAUCCGGAGACUACCCCCUCAGCGAUUUCCUCUGGGUUCGACAGUGCUUGAAAAGCAAUCAAGACUUCCACGUCUCUGUGGUACCUGUGUCGCAGCUUGUCGAGGAGACUGUCAAGUUUGUGGAUUGGCCACUCGUUGAUGGUUUCAGUGGCCAGUUCAGCUGCCAUGAUGAUCUCCGCCUCGAGGGGAAGGAUUUGGAUGACAUCUUCAUGAUAUCCUUGUGGGAUUGCAACAGAAAACUCAGAGUCAAAUUACUUGGCUUUGACAUACCAACAUUUCCAAGCAAAUGCCCUCAGUCUGUUUAUGUUGAAGCCUCUAUACUUUAUGGUAGCAAGGUUCUCUCUUCAGUGUCCUCCGUUCCCAAGGCCUUCGCAGAUGAAGUACUGUGGAAUGAAUGGCUGGAUUUUGAUGUUCUCCUCAGGGAUCUGCCACGUGGAGCCAAGCUGGGUUUCACUAUUAAUGCGAGUGGUGAUGACAUCUCCCUAAGUACCAAAGACUCAGGGGAGGGGAAGGUGCUGUACUUUGUUAAUCUUCUCCUCAUAGAUCACAGGUCUGUCCUUAGCCAGGGCCCCUACACCCUGCACAUGUGGUCCUACCCUGACAUGGAGGAAGAGGCCAUCACCUACCAGGCAGACAAGCUGUCCUCUGCUACCAACCCAGACAUAGCUAACGCCAUGGCUAUCAGCUUCCUUCUAGAUCGCUACAGUUUCCCUGUAGUUCUCCCAAAUAGCUUUAGUCACUCUGAAUGUUCUGAUGGUCCCACCUCCAGCCUCUCCCCAACCAUAUCUAUUGCCUCCUCUCAUGCUCCUUCCUCCUCCUCAUCCUCACCCUCUUCCACCUUACCUAGCACAGAUUCUUCCUCUCUGCAUGUGAAACCUCUUUUGGACCCAUCAACUGACACUGAAACUCUCAGAUCCCACUCCCCAUUAUUCAGCACCAACAGGGCUUGCCUCAAAAGGUUCCGGGAAGAGAGCAUUCACUAUGCCUCCAACCUACCCCACUACCUGCGCAGUGUUGAUUGGAUGAACCGCAAGGUGGUGGAGGAUGUCCACUGGCUACUGGGAAACUGGGAUCCUGUGGAUCUGGAUGUAACAGUGGCCCUGGAGCUGUUAAGCAUGGACUUUGCUGACGAGAUGGUCAGGAGACUUGCAGUCCAGAGAUUGGAAAGCCUGUCCAAUGAUGAUGUAAUGAAGUAUUUGCUGCAGCUGGUGCAGACCCUUAAAGUUGAACCUUACCAUGACAGUUUCCUUGCUCGAUACCUCAUCCAGAGAGCUCUGCGGAGCAAGAGAAUCGGGCACUUCUUCUUCUGGUACGUCCGCAGUGAAGUGGCAGGGUGUCCGUACUUCUGCAAACGCAUGGCUGUGAUUCUGGAGGCCUACCUGCUGGGCUGCGGCCAGGCCAUGCUCGACAGCUUCACCCAGCAGGUCCAGGCUGUUGAGGCCCUACAGGAGGUUGCUCUAAUGAUUAAGAAGCUCUUCCCUGACAAGACCGACCUCACUCCUACAGCUCCCCUCAGGCUUCAAGAACUUCUUAGAAACUGUAAUCUGCCGAAUGAAUUCCUGCUGCCCUUUGACCCCCGCGUCAAAGUUGGAACGAUCCUGCUGGACAAAUGCAAGGUGAUGGCCUCUAAGAAGAAGCCCCUGUGGCUGGAGUUCUCUCCCAUGCCAUCGCCCACCUCUGCUACACCUGUCGGAAUAAUCUUCAAACAAGGCGACGACCUCAGACAGGACAUGCUGGUCAUUCAGACAUUGGUGGUGAUGGACUCUAUCUGGCAGGAGAAAUCUCUGGACCUUAACCUUGUUCCAUAUGGCUGCAUCUCCACGGGACACAACAUAGGUAUGAUCGAGAUUGUGAGAAAUGCAGCCACCAUCGCUGCAGUCCAGAGGAACCACAGAGGAACAACUGCAGCCUUCAGAAACGAUGCUCUGUUUGAGUGGCUCAAGUCUAAGUGUCCACUCCAGGAAAUUCACUACAAGAACGUGGAGAGGUUCGUGAAGUCCUGUGCCGGUUACUGUGUUGCCACUUACGUAUUGGGUAUAGGAGACCGACACAAUGACAACAUCAUGAUCACAGACCAAGGGAACUUGUUUCACAUCGACUUUGGUCACAUCCUGGGUAACAGGAAGCACUUCCUUGGAGUGAACAGGGAGCGUGUACCAUUUGUCCUCACACCUGACUUCCUGUAUGUCAUGGGCAGGGUCAAAGGUCGCAACAGCCUCUAUUUUCAACGGUUCAGGGACACGUGCACCCAAGCGUACCUCUCCUUGCGCUCCCACUCGCGUCUGCUGGUCACCCUUUUCUCCCUCAUGCUGCUGACCGGCAUCCCAGAGCUGAGUGCUGCAGAGGACAUGCGUUACCUGCGGGAGGCACUCCAGGAGGAGCAGGGUGAGGCAGAGGCCAAGGAGCAUUUCCUCCAGCAAAUCUCUGUGUGUGAGCAGCUGGGCUGGACUGUGCAGGCCAACUGGUGGAUCCACAUGGUGGCAGGCAUCAAGUAGAGUGUUUUAUUUUAUUGUGCUUCAGCUCUGGA